AGCCGCGGUUGGUCGAUCCCAGGCUGCAUCCGGCCUCCGCCGGGCCUGCUUCCGGUGUGCGCCCUGGGGCUCUUCCUGCCGCCGCCGCCGCCGCCGCCUCUUCCUCCGCGAUGCUGCUUCUUUCUCUGGCCCGGGCUCGCUGCCUCAACCGGGCGCUCGGGCGCUCGUUCUGCGCCGCUCGGCAGGUACCGCCUCCCGCGGGGGAAGACGGAGGGGCAGGUCGCGGGCUGGGGCUGCCACGAAGGUGCUGACGGGCACCAAGGGCAACGGGGGGACGCGGGGCGGCGAGGCGGGGGAGGCCGCAGUCGUGCCCGGGGGAAGGCUGCCCUGCCUCGCCUCGCCUCGCCCCGCUGCCUCUUGCCCGUGGCUAACGGAAGGCCCCGAACGGGCUGCUGAAGGCGAGCGGGGAGUGGCUCUUAUCUUGGGGCGCCUCCCGUUGCCUCCGGGCCCUGCCCGCUUUCAGGGCGAGGCGAGGUCAGGCAUGGAACUGAACGGCGGCCGUCGGGCACCUCGGAGCCCAAGGCCGGCAGGGGAUCCUGCCGGGCGUGAAGGUGGCUCUGAAGGUUGAAGCGCAGCGCGACAGCUUGGCGAAGCCUAAUAUCACGCGUGGCUCUUGUGCCUCUGUAUCGGCGGGUGUCGUCCCCCCACAGCAGCCUACGCGGUAACCGCGAAGGUUUGUUGAGCAGGUGUGACCCCGGUUGACCUCGCACCGCGGUGUCUGCAAACGAUGCCCCUCUCCGCCCGGCCCGGAAGCAGGGGUCACCUGCUUCAAUGCCGCACAGCGCAUUUGUCUUGUCUAGUCGGAAUGUUUAUGCAUGACGGGAUCCUCGUUAAUGAUCGUUGCAAAUAAUUGCCUUGCCCCCCCCCCCGUUUUUACUUGUAUGGUAACGGGUGCCAAGAUAAAAUGCCACUGUCUCAUCACCAGUUGGCAUGGUACAAUAUAUCUGUUUUGCAGCAAUUAUCUGGUGACAUCCUAAUUAACUGUAAUUAACAUUCAGCCAUCACAGUUUCCCCUUUUCUUGUUUAUUACUCUGUUUGGGAUGGAUAGAUUUGAGCAAUUUUUUGAGCAACAACAAAAAGUAAAAUACCUGUUGGGGGAUGGUAAGUAGGAGCAAUCCUAACCAGGCAGGCACACUGGCAUAUUUCCAGUGUAAAUGAAGCUGCAUCAUAAUUGCUGUUGGCUGGAUCAUUUUCUGCCCUUCCACUGACUCGUAUGGGGUGGAUUUUAGUCACACCUGCAAUUUUGUUGGUGUAGGCACACUGAACCCUAUACAGGAUCAGUGAUUGGAGGGAAUUAGGAUGCAAUGUUUGCUCCUCUUCCUGACCUUGACAUACCCUUUUUUGGCCUCAACAGUGGUGUAACUUCUGCCAACUUAACUAACACUUUCAGCUAAUGUAAGUAAAUACGCCAGAGUAAGUCCUUCAUGUCAGCUCAUUUGGACAGCAGGGAGGGAGUGUUGGGAAAUAUGCCACAUCGUAACCUCCUCUAUCCAGUAUAUCUGUGAGUUAGGAUUGCACAGUCAGUCUGACUGAAAGCAUUUGACUUUGAAACACAGUUAACUAAAAGGCCAGCGGGAGAACUUGAGUAAAAGAUGGAGAUAUGGAUCAAGGAAGGCUGUUGUAGUUACAGUAUGUCAAAUAAGGAAGAACAAAUGCACUUGAAAGGUCAGGUGUGAGUGUUGGGGUUAAAGGAAAGAAGAACUGAAGCACUGGACAAAUUUGGCAUUGUUGUAAAAAUGAAAGGCAGGAAUAUAAGAUGAAUUCAAAGUUACUGAUUUGAAUGAUGGGAAGUUUGGAUUCAGCAUAUGUCCUGUUGAAAAGAAAUGUAUGGGAAACGUUUUUGCAAGAUGAGUACUUCAUUCCAGAGAAGAACUGUGAGGUUGCUGAAUUAGUGACUACCUCACUAUUGAAUCUUUUGGGGAGAGGAGCAGCAAAAAUGUAUCAGCGAGCUGCCUACACCUAGAAGGAACAGCUGAAAGGAGUAGCUGAACAUGGAAGGUCUUAAAAAUUUGUGGACAAAACAUUCUUAGAAAGAGAGAGUGUACAAAGCUUUCAAGGUAGCAGAAUAAAUGGGGAACUUUCUGUGCAGUAAAUUGGGGAGGAGGUAGCUGAGAAGGAAAAUACACAAGGUUUUAAUUCACAAUAAUCAGGUUAUCAUAGCAUAAGAACAUAACAGUCCUGCUGGAUCAAAACAGAGUCCCAUCUAGUCCAUCAUCCUGUUUUCACAUUGGCCAUCCUGAUUCCUAUGCGAAGUCUGUAAUCAGCCAUAAGUGCAACAGUACUCACAAAGAAUUGUAAAAUAUGCUGACAACCAAUGUCAUUGAACUAUUUCAGCAGAGUUCAGCUUUCUCCUACUAAGGUUUUUAGGGCAUCUCCACUUUCACUGUCACUAUCCAGAGAGAAGUGUCCCACACUAGUUCUCUCUAUCCCACCACGUUUCCAUUGUGCCCACCAUAUCUAUGUUCUCCCUCCCUGGGAACGGGUACCUUUUAAGGAAUAGUGUUUCUCUUUACCAGAGUAAUUCUCUGAACUAUUCUCUGUGAUAGCAGAAUAGCUGUGUAUACAACACCGUUACCCUGCCCUUGAAGGCCUUGCCCACCAACAUCACUUUCUUCCCUACGUUAGCUACUUUGGCCUUGAACAAACAUAUUCCCUGAGACCCAGGAGCUCAUCAAAAUAUUUAGUUUAGUUCCUGGGAAUGAGAAUUUCUGUCAGGAAUGGACAAUGUGGGGGUUAAGUGGGGAUUGAGGUGAGGAUAGGAGUAGAUUUAAAAAAAGAACUGAACCACAAACUCAACAUUUAGAUUGGAGUGAAGAUGAAUAGGGUUAGAGGACAAGCUCAGUGUUUCAUUAAAAUGCACCUGUUGCCCCCAUUUUAAGGACCCCUGUAAGAUCAGCUGGCUAGAACAUGACAUUACCGUAUUUUUCGCUCUAUAGGACACACCGGACCAUAGGACGCACCGGACCAUAGGAGGGGGAGAACAGGGGAAAAAAAAUUUUUUUCUUGUUCUCUCCCUCUAAAACAAGGUGUGUUCAAGGUGCAUUCACCCGAGCUUGUGGGGCUGGCGGUGGGGGGAAGCGCUGCUUUCCCCCACCGCCAGCCUCAAAGAUCCCUGAAGCCUUUGGAGCGCAGCGCCCCGCUGCCCCGCAGAGGCUUUGCGCGCAGCCGUCCCCAAGCUAGAACAGCGAGACGGAGCCCUCCGUCUUGCUGUUCUGGCUUGGGAACAGCCUUGCUAGCCUCUGCAGGACAGCGGGGUGAAGGCACCCCUCUGCCCUGGAGAGGCUUUGCGCGCAGCUGUCCCCAUGCUAGAAGAGCGAGACGGAGCCCUCCGUCUUGCUGUUCUGGCUUGGGAACAGCCUUGCUAGCCUCUGCAGGACAGCGGGGUAAAGGCACCCCGCUGCCCCGCAGAGGCUUUGCGCGCAGCCGUCCCCAAGCUAGAACAGCAAGACGGAGCGCUGUUCUGCCUUUGGGCUUAGCGGCGCAGCCUGCAUUCGCUCUAUAGGACGCACACACAUUUCCCCUUAAUUUUUGGAGGGGAAAAAGUGCGUCCUAUGGAGCGAAAAAUACAGUACUUUACUGCCCCUGAACCAGGCAUCUUUACUUUUACAAUAUCUAUAGAAAAAAACACAUAUGACAUCUGAACAACAAACAGAGCAGUGACCUGUGUUGUAUUUUCCUCAUGUAUACCACAUUCUAAUCUGUCUCCUUGCUAAUCAUGUAUGCAACUUACUCACUACUUUCUAGACUUUGCUUCAUCUAGGGCCAGAAAAUUUUCCCCCUCUUAAAACGAUGAUAUUUCAAGUGAGAAAUAAAAAAACCUCAUAUAUAUCGUAUUUUUCGCCCUAUAGGGCGCACUGACCCAUAGGGCGCACUUAUUUUGGGGGGGGGGGGAAAUAAAGGGAAAAAAAUUAUUUCCCGCCCCAAAGAGCAAAGAAGCCAUGACAGCGAGUGGGAUGGAUCCCGCUAGCUGUCCUGGCUUCAUUUUUAGCCUCGGGGCUGGGGGUCCGGGAGCGAAGGUGAGGUUGCGCAACCUCGCCAUCGCUCCCGGAGCUUGCCCAAGCUUCCCCCGACCCCAGCUCCCAGAACAGGCUGCUAUCCACAAGCCUAGGGAGCCCGGCGGGAAGUCGCGCCAGGCUCCCAAGGCUUGCGGAGAGCUGCCCGAAGCCCGGGGUGCGCCCCGCUGCGCUCCCCGGGUUUUGGGCUGCAGGCUGCUGUCUGCAAGCCUUGGGAGCCUGACGGGAACUCCCGCCGGGCUCCCAAGGCUUGCGGAUAGCUUCCUGCAUUCGCCCCAUAGGACGCAUAGCCUGCAUUCGCCCCAUAGGACGCACACACAUUUCCCCUUCAUUUUUGGAGGGGAAAAAGUGCAUCCUAUAGGGCGAAAAAUAUGGUAUACACAUAUUGCUAUGGAAUUUGUGUAUUCUAAGGGUGGGUGGAUGCGUCUGUCAUGUUGCAUAGGGUAAUCAUAGCCUUUGAUUCAGCAUGCUAUGUAAUCUUGGAAGUUUGGUGUUUGGAAUAAAGAUUACAUGGAUAACAACAGGGUCUAAGAUUGAUCAGAACUUCGCCAUUUAGAUUUGCGUCACCAUAUCCACCUCCUCAAACAAACAUUUAAGAAAUGUUUUAAUGUGUGAAUAGCAGUGUAGUCAUGUUCAUUUUGUUUCUUCUAUGAUUUGUUGGGAUGAUAUGAUGUGAUAUUAAAUGAUCUGUUUGUUACUCCUGGUGUGAGUAGAGUUCUUUGGUAGAAUAUAAUAUAUAUCCCAAGUUUUUGUCACAGCCAAGUGUAUUACUUCAUGAAUGCAGGGCUGGUUUCUUCCAAUCUCAUUUUUGUUACAUUUUAUAAAUUUAUAACGAGACGGGGAAGCCAUAGAACAUGAAGGUUCAGUUCCAUCAAGGAGUUCUGGUGGGUAUAUUGAGAAGGAUAGAGUAGUAGCCACUACUAUUCAGUCUCCUUGUGCUGUGCACUGCUUGUUCCACAUUUCAUGUUGUAAAAUAUAUCUGGGCUGACUUUUCUGAACCUAGGAAUCUGGGCUGUGCAAUCAGGAUAAUACUGAAAAAAUGAACUCAGUGUAAUAGCCAGAAGCUAAAAUCAUUCGCUGAAAAUGAGUUUACAAAUUAUGUAGCUCAUCAGAAUAGGAAUUUCUGCCUCAUUACAGUUAAUCAUGCUACUGUGCUCAGGGUAGUCAGUAUAUGUCCUCGCAGCAAUCUUUUGAAGUAAGCUAUGAUGAUUUCCAUUUUACUGACAUGGGAUUGAUGCUGUUUGUGGAUAAACAAGGAUUUGAACGCAUGCUUUCCACUGCAUCACACUCACUGGGUGAUAUCCAGCUAUGUCAUGCACAGAGUAGACCCAUUUAAAUCAAUUGACAAGAUUUCAGUGGAUCUACUUGUGUGACUAGCAUUGGCUAUCAUCCAUUUUUUCCCCAUUACAUCCCAUUGUUUGUACAGGCUUACCUGAUGAAAUCAAAAGAUGAAAUCAAAAGCCAGAGGCAGUUCUCAUCUUAAUUAAACCAUUAGGCUUCAUAGUAAUUCAAAUGGGAAGACUAUGCAUAUUAAUUGCCUGUAAUCACGAGUUUGAUCCUGUUACCCCAUUUUGCAAUAUGUAGCUGUCAUACCUCAAUAUUUAGCCAUCAUAUUAUAUAAGAGAGAGGCAUACAAGGUUUCGAGAACCUUUCCCUCUUGCUUAUUAAAGUUGCAACUCUGUACACAUUUACAUGGGAAUAAAUCCCAUUGAACUUGGUGGGGCAUAUUCUAAGUAGGUGUGUAGGAUUGCAUUGAAGGCUGUGCAUUUUUGAACAUAAAGGAGAACAGCAAACAAGCAAAAAAAUUGAUCUCCUGUAUUAAACUUUAUGGAUGCCUUUUUCAUGUGGAUGAAAAAUAUUUGAAAGCGUAAGGCAUUCGUUGAGAUUCCUGCAUUGCAGAGUGUUGGACGAGAUGAACCCCAUGGUCACUUUCAGCUCUAAAGUUCUGUUAUUAACUUGGGGCUACUUUCUCUGACAAACUAGGGUAGUCACACCUUGCUGAUGAGAAGGGGUGUCAUUAUAGCCUACUGAAUCUGAAUACAGUAUAUUUAUUCUCUACUUUGGAAUGUAGAAUAGUGUGGAAAGGUGACUCUGCCUUGAGUUACUCAUGACUUAUUUUUUUGUAUUGGUGAUUGUAUAAUCUUUCUCUUCAGCAGGGGAGCUGUCCACAGGGGAAACAUUCACUCUCCAGUGAGUUUAUUAUUAUUAUUAUUAUUAUUAUUAUUAUUAUUAGGUGUCUGUCUUUCUUCUUAUUAUUAUUAGGUGUCUUGUCUGUUUCAUAAUCACCGUGACAAGGGAAAUCUAAUGAAAACCGGGUUAAAAACUAUAGUACAUUCAUACUUUUUUCUUUAAAGCCACAAGUGGUUUUAAAAGUAGUUAAAGAUUAAAGAAAGUGAGAAAUGAAUUCCAUGUUUACCUAUGAUAUGUUAAAACAAGCUAUGUAGCAUAAAUGACCAGCUCAUUCAACCAACAGAUUUGUGUACAGAUUAGAAUAUUUGAAAAUGACCAUAAUGCAGAGUCAGCAUAACCACCAAUGAACUCCAUUUUUAACCUUCCUUGGCAGUUCCCACAUUAAAGGAUAGAUAAAUGAUUCCUGUUUCCUGCCCAGAUACUCAGGAUAUGUAGGUGGAUGAGCACAGUAUUUUUAACCUGCACCAAUUUGAUAAGUUUGAAAAAGUAGAGAUGCUCUGAUGCAUUUCCCAUUCACUUAAGAAGGUUUGGGCAGAAGGAGUUCUGUAUGACUUAUGUUCAAAAUACAUAAUUUAGAACAUAAUUUAGGGAACGGUAGGUUGCCUUGCAAGAGAUCUUAGAGUUGAUUUUGAUGUAACUUUUUGGCUCAGAUAAUAAGAUGAUCCCAAGCGCCCAAACAUGUUGAAACUCACAUCAAAAUAAGUUAGCCCAUAUGACUUUACAGAUAGAAUUUCUAAGAUGUAUCCAGUAAGUAUUUGGAGUCUUGCUCAUGAGGAUUGUUCUGGGAAAAAGACUCAUGGGACCACCCAUUCUGGCAUAAUUUGACACUGUAUAAAUUAUUUCAGGAACACUGUGCAAUUAAUUGGAAUUAAUUGAGCACUUCCCAAAAAAUGGCCCCUUUUAGAAACGAUGUGUUGUUAAUGUUUUUGUUCUUUAUCGAAAAAGGGAAGGAGCACAGGGUAUGCAAAUUUUUCUAAACAUUUCUCCCCAGAUGCAGAUGAAUUGAAUGAUUCUGGAUGUUGUGGUGGUGGAGGAAAUGCUACAAAAUAAAUUAAAUGAAUGCAGAGAUCUUGUGUUAGUGUCUUUUCCAUUUCUUGAUAGAUAUUAAUCUUGCCCACCUCGCUGGCCAACGCUUAGAUUUCGGAUACUGGGGCUGCUAUUAAUCUUUUAUAAAAAAACAGAUAAAGGACUAGGUUGUUGAGGACUAGGAUAAUGGUGUGGAGACUUUUACAUGUCAAUAAUAAUUGUCAGCUGCUAUUUUUACCUUUAUAACAUUUAUUAAACUAAUUUGUCUUAGUACACGUUACUGUAAUAAGCGAUAUAAUGUAAACAGAUUUCUAAUUGAAGUGCUUUCUGUUUCCAGGUGUCUCUCGAUGCCAGGGGUUAGCUUAUGCCAACAGCAGGAAGCAUUUGUAAGUAUUCAACUGUAAAUAGUCAAUAUGUUUUGACUGUUUGCAUGGAUGGAGAGUAGCUGCUACAACCCCAGUUCCUAGUUACAGUAUUGUCAGAGAGGGAUAGCUGCAUUCUCUGUGUCCAAAUUAUCCCAGACCAGAGUAAUCCACAUUCUGCACCAAGAGUAGAAGAAUUAUUGAACUGUAUAAAUUACCUGAUUUGAAUGAAUUUAUAUAUUUGCAUAUUUUGCAUAAUUUGUUCUGGAGGGGGGAACAAGCUAGGUAGCACCCCAGAAAUAUGAUCUUCCUUGAUUGUCGAAUGCCUUGAAAUAGACUCCCUUAGGUACUGUGCAGAAUGUCAUCUGCCCCGAUGAGCGUGUUAAUUGUCAGGGCUGCUGAUUGACAACCCAGUCAAGUCAGGCCAACAGAUGCAAAAUCUGUACUGCUUCUUGCUGGCCUUUAGUUGAUCUCUUGUUUCUUGCUCUCCAGGGUAAAUGGCUCCCGUGUGUUCACUGUCCGUUAUUUCAGAACUACCACAGUGUGCAGUAAGUACCUGAGAUGACUGCAGCUGGGGGGAGGGCUUCUCUGCCUGCACAUUUCCUUCCAAGCUUGUUCUCCAACUGAUUCUUAGUCUAAACUAAGGAGUACAAAAUGCAGGAAUACAAAGUAAUAGACUGGAAUUGUGUUUUUUCUUUGUUUGUCAUACUACAGGUGGUUGUGAUGCAGUGUAGGUUGGACUGUGGUAUAUUAUGUCCCUUACUGGUCGCUCCCCCCAUCCCUCAAGUGUCUCAGAUUAAGCAUGAUUAUUAGCAUGUCACCUGUGUAAAAGAUGCUCUGCAAAAUAAUAUAAACUAAAAAAAGCCUGUUCCCUGUCCUGAGAAGCUUAUGAUUUGUUUCAACAGUUUGGGAAAUAAUGGAGAGGCAAGAGUAAGUAUAUAAAUAUGUCCUGAAUCUACUGCAAAAUGACCCCAAUGUUCUACUUUUAUGGAAGAGGGAGAACAGUCUACCUGAGGAGGCAGAUUUUAAGGAGAAAAGAGAGAUGACACUGUUUUGGUUCCCACAUAACGCUAAACCACGACUCAUUAAACUAUAACUUAGCCUUAGGUGUGAGUCCAGCCCAGCAGCUUCUGUGGUUUACUGCCAACAAACAAUAGUCUAAAGCCAUUGUUUGUCAUUGGCUUACAAACCUUGGUUUCUUUCAGUUAAGUUUAGUGUGCUGUGUGAACCCAGCUCCCUUCCUUAACCAUGGUUUGCUUGACCACCUCACCCCAAACGCUCAUCAAAGGCACAAGGCAAGCGCAGCUGGGAAACAAAUCAAACUUCAGAGAAGAAAACUAUGGUUUGUUUGAUCAUCUGUGGGACAACAAACCUUGGCUUUCGUGUAAAUAGGUCGGUGUAGAUGUUCUCGGAGGUAUUGCUAGAUAUAAGAGGUUUCUAAUAAUGCUGUUUGUCCAUAGACAUUCCAGAAUCUAAAAUGACUGAAUGUGAAGGCUUUUACUACAUGCAGAUAUACAUUUCUUCUACAGGGGAAGAAGUUGUUACAGUGAACACACCAGCAUUUGCAGAAUCAGUCACAGAGGGAGAUGUCAGGUGGGAGAAAGGUAAGAGGCAGCUUUUUUGUCUUCUACGGUUUUCUUGGUCUGUUGUGGGAAUACACUAAAGUCGUAAUUGGUGAAAGGAGCUCUGGACACACUUAUUCGAUAGGUGAAAAUUUACCAAACUAAUUAAAGUUUGAAAGGUCAGUGUAAGUCCUCUAUGAGGUAUGUAAUGUCCAGACCCUUAUUAUGAUCUUGCAAGUCCUCCGGCAUACAUGUAAGAAUUGAGACUCUCUGUGAGGCAUUGAUGUGAGCUUUAAGAAAAUGAGCUUUAAGAGUUUCCUUACUUAGGGUGGUUCUUUUCAUUUUUAGCUGUGGGUGACACAGUAGGAGAAGAUGAAGUGGUAUGUGAAAUUGAAACAGACAAGGUAAACGUCCUAUUUUUCUUGUAUAAUUAGAAACGCCAGAUGAUGUAUUCAGUUAUGCGUGGUGUGCGGAAAAUAGAGAAAAUGCCUAUUGUGGGAAACAGGAUGCCAGACUAGAUAGGCCUUUUGUUCUGAUUCUUCAAUGUUGCUCUUAUGGGGUAGUUUCUUGAUGCUCUCCAGAGUGGAGGUGGGUAAGCUAAAGACAACCGAAGAUCACAAAACCUAGGCAAGGGGCACUCUUCUAGCUUUUGACUCGAAAAACUUUCUCGUUUUCAACUAUGCCUUCUGGGAGCUUGCAUGUCCUCCAUCAUUCUCAGAUUGAGAGUGAAUCAGUUUAUAUACAGUGGUACCUCGCAAGACGAAAAACUCGCAAGACGAAAAAUUCACAAGACGAAAAAUUCGCAAGACGAAAAAACUCGCAGAACGAAUAAAUUUCGUCUUGCGAGGCACCACUGUACUGGAGAGGGAGAGGCUUAUUAGCAAAUGCCAUACUACUGGCUUCCUUUGGGGGCUCUGGACUUAACAAGCAGUACAGUUGAUACAAAUAAAUAACUGUACUGUUCCUUCUUGUGAUGAAAUGCAGAGUUGAUUUCCAGUGAAAUAUGUAUACCCCCAAGAUGCAAUAUCUCCAUGAUGCUGUUUCUUUGCAUGAUUUCUGUAGAAAGGCCAAUCCCAUUCAUGUGCCAUUUAUUCCUCUUCAAGGGAUAGUCCCAUUUGCUUAACAUAUUUCCUUUUGAUGAUUAGGGGAGAGCUCAUUUGUGUUUUAUCUACAGACAUCUGUGCAGGUUCCAGCUCCGGUAGCUGGCGUAAUUGAAGCACUUCUAGUUCCUGAUGGGGGGAAAGUGGAAGGAGGUACACCUUUGUUUAAACUCAGGAAAACCGGAGGUAAGUUGGGACCAGCCAUGUCUGUUUCUUACACUGUCACAGUUGCGACAAUGAUGGGCUUUGCUGCAGAAAUAAAGAAUCCGUAUCUGAAUGCUGUAACUGGACUGAAUUGUCCAAAUUCAACUUGACUUGCAUACUUUGGCAGGGGGAAAAAUCACAGUAAUUCCCUGCAAAAUUUUAUGGGCAAUGUGUAAAAAUAUAGGGGUUUGUGAUUUAUUGAAAGAUAAAUAGAAAGAAGCAGGUUCUUUGAGGAGGGGUGGAAUGUGGGAACAGGUGACUCAUGCAGUUACUACAUUUGUUCCCAUGGAAGCACCACAUUGGGUAACCCUGCUCUAGACUCUUGCCAGUCAGACCUUAGUAAAUGUUAGACCUGGGAACAGGGCCUCGGUUGCUAAUCUCAAAGCCUCGAGCAAAUUAGUGUGGGUAUACACGAUGCCAGAUACAACAGGUAGCAAACCAUUUUAAGGCUUUAAAUGUCGCCACCAGCACUUUGGUUUAGUUUCCAAACUCAGCUUUUAAAAGAACCUAAUCUAUGGAACUUGCUGCCUCCCGAGCCCACUGCCUCUGUGCUUAGCUAUACCAUUUCGCAAGUUUAUUUUCUGGGUGCCAAUGAGACAAGUGAACACUGUCUUAUUAUAUUAAUAUGGGCUCCUGAUUCAAAAGGGUAAUUUUCUCAAAGAUACUGAAAGAGCCUGCUUGGAUGGUCUGUGGAAAAAAUGCACCUCUUGGAUUCUGUCUGCCUGUGCAACUGCCUUUCUCAAUUCUUCUGUUUAGCUGCACCUGCCAAGGCCAAACCAGCAGCAGCCCCUGCACCAGAACCGGCAGCGCCUCCUCCUCCUCCUCCUGCAGCAGCACCUGCCCCUGCAGCACAAAUUCCCACUACGAUGCCUCCAGUGCCCCCUGUGUCAUCACUCCCUGUGGAUUCUAAACCAGGUGAGACCAAGACCAUCUCUAAUCCCCCUUAACCAACCUCCUUCCACCUGCAUAAGCAGGGAGUUAUUCCGAACUGGAGACUGCAGAACUGUCCACAGGAGAGUGUUAAAGAAUGUCCACCUUGCUACCUAGCAUGCAUUAGGUAUCAUCUCCCAAAUGAGUAUUUCAUCUCUACUUCAGAUAGCCUUCGUGUUCAUCCAUUGCUUGCCAGGACAUAAACCUUCUUCUCUCAGUCCCUUGACACAUUUCUCUCUCCCCCCCCCCCCCAAUUUUCUUUCAGUUUCUGCAGUAAAGCCAGUUGCAGCUGCUCCUGUGGCGGAACCUGGGGUCAGCAAAGGAGCCAGAGUGGAGCAAAGGGUAAUUGGAAACUUCUUGCGCUUAUGGGGCAGUGCAUGAGGGUGAUUGAGGCCGAGUGGGGACCAUUCUUUUGCCUGAAAAACCUCCAGUCUAAGCUUCAUGAGAUGCAGUGGUCAAGUUGUGUUGAACAGUGGUACCUCGGGUUACAUAUGCUUCAGGUUACAUACGCUUCAGUUUACAGACUCUGCUAAUCCAGAAAUAGUACCUCAGGUUAAGAACUUUGCUUCAGGAUGAGAACAGAAAUUGUGCUCCGGUGGCGCAGCGGCAGCAGGAGGCCCCAUUAGCUAAAGUGGUGCUUCAGGUUAAGAACAGUUUCAGGUUAAGAACAGACCUCCAGAACGAAUUAAGUUCUUAACCCGAGGUACCACUGUACUAUUCUGUGAGCAGUGGCUGAAUACAGCAAAGUUUUUAGCUCAUGAGCACUGCCUUUCCUACUUGUGUUAUUCCUGGUAGUGAUAGUCAACAAUGUGAAUUCUUGUCAACGUCAGUUUGCAAAACCACCUUUCCCCCAUUACAGUCAAACCUCGGUUGUUGAACGUAAUCCGUUCCAGAAACCCGUUCGGCUUCCGAAAUGUUUGACAACUGAGGCAUGGCUUCUGAUUGGUUGCAGGAGCUUCCUGCACUGAAGCGGAAGCCGUGUCGGAUGUUUGGGUUCCGAAAAACAUUCGGAAAUAGGAGCAUUUACGUCUGGUUUUUUGGCGUUUGGGAGCCGAAACGUUCCAAAACUGAGGCGUUCAGGAUCUGAGGUUUGACUAUAUCUCUUUUUGUUCCACUUCAGGUGAAAAUGAACAGGAUGCGUCAACGCAUUGCUCAGCGCCUGAAAGAGGCUCAAAAUACAUGUGCCAUGCUGACCACCUUCAAUGAAAUUGAUAUGAGGUAAGGACCAUAUCUUCAGUAUGUGCAGGUAAGCCAAGAUCUUUCUGUGUUGCACUAGGAACAGGAACUUUGGCUCAUUGGUGUGCAUUGAUCUUGUGUGUUUUGUCCUGGGAUGAAGUGGUUUUAGCCAGCUUCUUGGUUGUAUAGAUUUGAGGCUAUUUCUAAGCAAGGACUCAGCUGUGCAACCGGCCGAAAGGCAGGUCCUGGAGCUCUCGCCCGGCCUUAGCAUCUCUCCUUGGCAGUUGGAGAACCAACUGUGUUCCAUGAAGUGCGUUUGUGGGCUGAGCACUAAUGGAUUUGGGGAGGGGGAAGCUUAUGUUUCAGCACAUUAAGGAAAAUGGUGCCCAAAUCAAAUUGCUCUAUGAAAUCCUAUCCUGCUUCUUAAGACAAAACACGUAAAUAUUUGGUGCUUGGAAUAAUAAGGUUGGCAAAAUAAUCGUGAUUGGAGAGGAAAUGCUGCAACUUACCUCAUUUUAGAGGCUAAUGGAGGUGUCGCUUUACUCUGGCCUUGGGCUCUUGUUGCAGUCAGUAAUCUGCUUUGGAUUGAUUGCCCCCCGACUUGCAAGGGCUUAGGCCAAGGCCUUUUGCCUCCCCACUGGGUGUCAGUGUCUGCUGUAAAGGCUUCUCAUGAUGGCUUCCUCCCCUCAAACCCUUGUAUCUUGGGAGGCGGUAAUGUCUUUGGACGGUAAUCCUAGCUCUAAACAAGAUUAGGCAAAGGAAAACAAACAGUCUAAACCCAAAGGGGCACUUGUACUUGCUAAAAACUGCCUCUCUAAAGCCAUAUUGUCUGGGAGGGGGAAGAUGAAGGCUACAAUGCCUGCCUAGAAUUGUCAAGACAAAGCUAUUCUGUUCAAUUUGGGUGGCUGGCUUCUGCUCCAGUAAGUGAAUGAUGGUAACUGCUACUUUCUGUACUCUGAUUGAGGGCCUUUUAGAGUCAUUGCAUCAGAGGUCCUCCAAAGUACAUAGCCCCAAACUCAUGUGCUUGUUAAGUGUGGCCAAAGGAACUGGAGACAUGGUUUACUUUUUAGAUAGUCAUAAACAAAGUGACGGUCAAAUUCUGUCAGGAUGGAUGGAGCCUGUUGGAGGCACAAGGUCCCUCCUCAUUUCCCAUUAUGCUUAUUCUGAAGUUUGCUUUCACUGUGUCAAUAUUGAACCCAAGAGACCUAUAACCUGUCUACUCUGGUUUUGUGGAGCUCUCCAAGGUCUUGUGAAGAGGUCUUCUGUACUCUCAUUGGCCAAACAUGUGCCUAUUGGAAGCCUUCAGACAAGAUAUGAGCAUUCUGCCCCUUUAUGAUCACUAGGAACUGGCAUUAAGAGGCAUUCUGCUUUCUGUUACUGGAAGCAGUAGAUAGCUGUCAUGGUUAGCAGCCACCAGUAGCUUUAUCUUCCAUGUCUCAUCCUCUUUCCAAGCCAUCAGGGUUAGUGGUCCUCACUGACAUCUCGUGAGUGUGAAGUCCAUAGUUUUGCUACGUGCACUGUGAAGAAGUUCCUCCUUCUAAAUCUCCCAACAUUUUAGUUUCAUUGUAUGACCCUGUAGCUCUAGCGCAGCAGUGAAGAACCUAUAACCAGCAGGCAAAUCUAACAUUUUAUUCCUCCUUUGACCAGAUGUGUGGUGGUCGUCCCCAUAAUUUAAAUAUCUAUAGGAAUUUUAAAGUGUUCAUCUGCCUGAAAGUUCAUCAUCACAUGGGGAUACUUUGAACAGCCAUAUGCAUUUCAGCAUAGUAUGCAGUAGCUUGUUUUGGUGACACCCUGAGGGUAACAUUAGUAAUGGUUGUAAAGUAAUUGGCUGUUGUAAACUUUGGGGAGGGAGAGAAAAUAUUAGUAAUUUUUCCACUCCUGAUACAUUUCUCAGAGAUCAGCCAGUCUAUACUGCAGUGAAACUCUUUGUUGAAACUCUGAUAACAUUUCUUUUAAAAAAAAUUAAUAAAUUGCAAGCCACUUUUGAAAUAAGGGUUGAGCCACAAAGUAACUCUAGUCAGGAAUGUGCUGCAGAUCCGGUGCUUAAGUAGAUACUACUACUUUUCCUAGUAGUAAAUGUUCUUCUGAUGGCUUUUUCAGUAACAUCCAGGAAAUGAGAGCCCGGCACAGGGACAACUUCCUGAAGAAGCACAAUAUGAAACUUGGCUUUAUGUCUGCCUUCGUGAAAGCUGCAGCCUUUGCGUUGCAAGAGCAGCCUGUUGUAAAUGGAGGUGAGAACAAUGGGGCAGUGUUUCUGAGAUGCCUGAGUGUCAUGAGCAAGCCUCUGUGGAAGGUAGUACUAUCAGACCUCAUGAUUAAGUCACGUGCAGCAGCUGAGAGUCUCUGCACUUGUGCAAAGAAAAGCAACUGUGUUGUGACAAACCCUUUCUUAGCAAAAGGAUAUUCACUUGGGCAGAAGUUGGUCUAUGGAAAGAAAUUGCAUGCCCAGCUCCUGCUGUUUCUUACCUUUUCCAUGCAUCUGUGUAAAUGAGACAAGACUGCCUAUUUCUCCAAACACACAGGACUUGAAGGAAAAAGAAAAGGUCAAGGCACUUGCUCCUUGCAAGGUGGUGACUGGCGGAAACCUCGUGUUUCCUUUACACUAGGCAGAUCAGCUUCCCUCCAUUACUAAUUUUUAGUGAAUGGAAGGAAAAGAUCGACUAAAUCAAUAAAGCUUGAUUUUUGCUCCUGAUUAGAGCUUUGACUCGUGAUGCUUCUGUAUGUAAUGGCCUGCUUUUCUUUCUCCAUCUAGUGAUAGACGAUACUACCAAAGAGAUUGUGUACAGGGAAUAUGUGGAUAUCAGUGUUGCAGUGGCAACUCCUAGGGUAUGUAUUGUGGGAACAUGCAUCUGGCUGAUGCAUGGGACAUCAUUUGGUUUGGUGUUCAGCUGUAAGAAAUGAAAAUUCAGAGACAAGCUUCUUGGCUUUGUCUAAUCCUACAGCAAGGGAGGGUGUUCUUGUCCAAACUUCCAGGGUGGCAUGGGGGAUCAGUCAUAGGCGUAGUGAGAUACAGAGGGCAUCAAAUUUGACUUGGGAGGGGGUAGAGGAAGUAAGUCCCCCAAUCCUGUUUUAGAUACACCCAUAGGCGCCAGCUCCUAGGGGCCAAGGGAGUUCCACCCCCUCAAUGUUCAGAGGGUGUUUGGCUCCGUCCCCUGGCUCCUCAAGAUGUUGGGCUGCCUCAAUCAGUUAGAGAAGAUGGUACCUCUGGGUACACACCUCUGUCCAGUGAUGGCUUGCUCUAUAUUUGGCUCUUGUUGUCAUGUUAUAUAUGUUGUGUUUGACUCAGAGAUCUUUGUUUCUUUCAGGGUCUUGUGGUCCCUGUAAUCAGAAAUGUAGAAACAAUGAACUUUGCUGACAUUGAGCGAGCAAUCAAUGAGCUGGGGGAAAAGGUAAUGUUUCGAGUAUAAAGGGUUCUCAAGGGUGAAAACCAGACAUGCAUCUUUCUUAAGGGGUAUCAGAAGGGGGAAAGGGGAGUGUGACUAAGACAGUGGCAGGGUGAAGGUUCUGGUUCAGUAAUUUGACAAAAAGCUAAAGCCAACUGCAGAGUCUCCACUUUAAGAAGCCUUAAAAUUCCAGGCCCAGAUAUAUAUAUCUAGCAUUUGGUGCUCUGUGAUACAUCACCUGAAAACACUUGGCCGUUCUGACUAAUAGAUGUUGAUCGACAUGUUUUCUGGAAGACAAAUCUAACUUUUAAAAAAGUGAUGUAAACUAGUAGCCAUCUCCGUAUCUGGUUGCAGUUCAAGAAAAAACAUAUUGUUUAUGCUAAAUUUGCAAACAACAUGAAACAGGCUGGAUUCAAGUUUGUCAACAGUAAUAGGGAGGGUGUUCUCAAGGAAGCAUAUUGUGGGGGGAGACGGAAACUCAUUCUGCUGUGCCUUCAAGACAUAGCACUUUAUAUGGUGGCACAGUGAUGAGAGUCCCUUCCAUUGUAUUGGAACCAAGUGUACCUGUAUUCCUUUUUUUUUUUUUUACACCCAUAAAUAAUAUGUUGGACAGUGCUGUGGCAAAAUAGGAAUGACUCAAUUUAUUCUUAUCCUUCUUAGAAUUGCCAUGUGUUGAAAAAGGUACAUUCUGUUACAGUCUUAAGCUACCCCAGCAAAAAUCUAGCUAUUGCUCUCUGUCUUGUGCUUUGAUCAUUCUGAAGUUGAUAGCACCCUCGACCUUGAAGAUAUUUAUGUGAACUUCAAAGGACUCCCCCUGUAACCUCAAUAUUUUCACUAGUCAUUGGGGAUUCUCAGAUAACUUCUUGCCUUUGCUUAGUGUGGGGAACUUUCUGAGGUGUUCACAUGCUAGUGAUACUGAGUAUUUCUCCUCCCCCCCCCUCUCAUUUCAGGCCCGCAAGAAUGAGCUUGCCAUUGAGGAUAUGGAUGGCGGCACAUUCACCAUCAGUAACGGCGGUGUAUUUGGAUCCCUGUUUGGGACACCCAUCAUCAACCCCCCUCAGUCUGCUAUCUUGGGCAUGCAUGGCAUCUUUGACAGGCCUGUUGCUGUUGGAGGCAAAGUAUGUACUGUAUGGAAGGUUAAGGGGCUUAAUGGGGCUUUUAAACGUUACCUUAGCCGCUGGCAAGCCACUUUUCUGUGACUGGCUCCUGCACAGUUGAGAUGACAUGUAAAUGACCAGGCUAGGUAGAUAAGCCAAUUUAUUGUUGUUGUUGCUGUUGUUGUUAUGCCGCCCAUCUGACUGGGUUGUCCCAGCCGUUCUGGGGCCUUCCAGAAAAAUAUAAAAGCCCAAUAAAACAUCAAAUAUUAAAAACUUCCCUAUACAGGCCUGCCUUCAGUGUCAUAGAGUCGCUUCUGUCCCUUGACAUUGAUGGCUGGGUGUUCCACAGGGCGGGCGCCACUACUGAGAAGGCCCUCUGCUUGCUUCUGUGUAACUUAAAUGUUACACAAUGAGGGAAAUGCCAGAAGAUCCUUGGAGCAGGACCUCAUUGUCUAGGCUGAAUGAUGGGGUGGAGAUGCUGCUUCAGGUAUAAAGCCUACCCAUGCUGAAGCUGCUCAUAGCAAAGCAUCUUCCAGAUGGCUAGAGUAAUGUUUAAAGGGGGCCUUCAGUCUAGUAAAAUAGAAACAUAGAAUUGUGGAGUUGGAAGGGACCCUGGGGGAUAUCUAGUCCACCCCCCUGCUUUGCAGGAAUAUGCUGCUGCCCCAUACAGGGAUUGAACCUGCAGCCUUGGCAUUAUCAAGACCACACUCUAACCAACUGUCCAGUCUGAUGAUGGAGGAGAAAGAAGUGGAUCAGGCUGAACUAGGAGCCCUGACAAGUGCAGUAGAAAAGGACCAACUGGAAGUUUUGACCACUGUAAAAUUAUUCUGAGAAGAUAGGGGAGUAUUCUGGGUUUGAAUUAGAGGGUGAAUGUGUGGGGGAAAGGUUUGAAGAGUUUGUGUCAAAUUAUUAAGACAUAAGAAAACUCCAGCUUGGGGUUUCACUUUCUUGGUUAUGCAGGGCAAAUGUUACAAAGCUUAAAAUGUAACUUGCUUAGGCUUUGAGGUACAGCACCAAGUUGAUUACAAAAGAAAAUGUUCAGCUUAACCAUCUCUUUUUUCUUCCUUAGGUUGAGGUGCGCCCAAUGAUGUAUGUGGCCCUGACGUACGACCACCGGUUGAUUGAUGGCAGAGAGGCGGUGACUUUCCUGCGCAAGAUCAAGGCUGUGGUGGAAGAUCCUCGUGUGCUGCUGCUUGACCUGUAGAGAACAGCAGCCCCCACCUGCCCCAUCCAGUAGAGCAAGGACGCAGCAGCAGCAGCAGCAGCAGAUGGAACAGAGGACAUUCAGGAAUCAGCAGGGCUUCAUUCCAGUCAUCUCCUCCCCCUAGUGGCAGGAGGUGCUUUGAAAGGAACCCCCGAGGGUAGUGUGCCACCCACCUUUCCUGCCUCUUCCAAAGAUGGUUCAUUUUCUUCCCAGGGCAGACAAGCAGGUGUCAUUACCUGUUCAGAUGUAACCUACCAUUUCCCCUCUUCUUGCUCCAAACAGACAUAGCCUCAUCUCUUGAUCUUGUGGGAACAGAAGCUGCCUGCUGUUUAGCUAGAGCUUCCCUCCCGAGCAGCUCUUGCACAGAAACUCAGCUUUAAUUCAGUAUCAUCGCGGCAGCUGUCGGAGGGGAAAGGCUGGUCUCUGCUCCACUUGAAGGCUCUAGAUCUUUGGAACAGCGAAGCUAGCCUGAGGCUCUCUAGGGCGAUUCAAUUGCUGUGCCUGAUCUUACAUGCCUCCAGUAACGGAGAGUAAAUCUGCACUCCAGCCACCUUGUGGGUUUUUUGACCUUAACGGGAUGAGGCACUCCCAGGGGAUACUGCCUCCCCAGCCAUUAUCUAGAUCCUCUCCUAGUAGUGAGGGGCAGUUCUAAGGAUUGUUUUCAGGGACCUUCCUCUGCCUCAUCCCUUCACAAGCAAGGAAGUGGCAGUAGCAGCUCUCUCCCUCUCCCACUUGGAAGUUGUUUCUUUCGUUCUAAGCCUCUGGUAGGGCAGAAUGGGUGUCCCAUCUCGCUGUCAGGUCCAGUUCAAGUUGACUGGCUGCUGGGGAUUAGGGGGAGAUGGCAACCUUCGGUGGCUGUCCUACGUUCCAUCUAAUCCUCAUUGAAUGGUUUUAUCAACUUCGUGACUGCAAUGGUAUGGUAAUGUAGGUUGGGACUAGGUUGUCUUGUGUGGCAUGUAUCCUAGCCUAAGGCUUGCUGGUUCAUGGGGACAUAUCCUUAGUACAAUAGCGUGCACAUAUAUUGUUGAGUGAGAGGGUUGCUAGUGCCUGCAGGGUUUAUUACUCUUGUUCGCCGCACAGAACGUGUAAUUAAAGUAUUUAACAUGACAGAUUUUAAACAAAAUAAAACAAGGAAAUUAUGUGUGUGUGU